AUGCUGCACGCGGCUGUGAACCCGAGUUUUCCGGCGUCGGGCGUAACGCACUCCCUCGUCGGUCAAUUCUCCACCGGGCUUCCUGAGGGGGUGAGGGAGCUGAUUCUGUUCAAAAAGAACAACCUUGAGCUCUGGCAGAUUCCAUGUGGUCGGGAGGGAAAAUCCCCGUUGUCGUACGUUACCAGCACGCAGCUAUACGCCGCGCCUGUGUCAGUUGCUGCGUGCCGACCGUCCGGUUUUAAUGUUGACGUUGUUGUCAUGUGCCUCGAUGAUUUUCACGUGUCAUUUGUUCAAUACGACCCGGUGUUUAUGCGGCUUCGCACCUUGGCUCUCGUGCAGCUAGACGAUAGGGAGGUGGUGAAUGAUGUGUGCCCCUUACAUCCCAUCAUGCGUGCGGAUCCGUCAGGUCGCUUUGUUGCCGUAUUGGCACGUCGUCGUCACAUGUUUUUAAUUCCCUUGUUAGGUCUAAAUCGGGCCAACAAUGGUGAUAACGUCAACGGAAUUUGUGCUGAGGAUGAUACUAACAAUAACAUGAAGGAAACUACAACAGCUAUAGAUGAGUGGGGUGAUGAGGACGACUACAAGGGUUUGGCUACAGAGGAGGAUCAUUCCAUACCACCCGAGGCAACGAAGGCGGCCUGUAUACUCCCCGAGGAGCAUAACUCCAAGUUUGUGAAUACCUCGGAUGGGCUACUCUCUGUUGGCUCUCCGUCUAUGUUUUCCAUUGCAUUAACAGCCAACGGUUCCAUUCGCUAUGUGCGAGACAUGCAAUUUAUUGAGUCUUCUGGGGAACCCAUUCUUGCCUUUUUGUGUGAACGACACCCUACAUGGGCAGGUCGUGUGAAGUUGGUGGAGUGGCGCACCAAGGCGGUGGAAUCCAAAAUGUUGUCUUCCCAAGUAGUUUGGGUACAAAUAUCGGCUACAUCGACGUCCAAUCAGAAGCUACUCCUCAUUGGGGAGGUGGAUGAUAUUCCAUACAACGUGACACACAUGACUCCCGUUGGACCAUUUGCACAGAUCUCCUCAGGUGUCGUUUGCUACGGCAUUAAUACCGUGAUGCACGUCACAACAAAACGAGGCUAUGGUGUCUACCUGAACAACGGCGGAAUGGAGGAGUGUGCAAACGGGAAGUCCUCAGCCAUGUCGUUUGGCAAGGUGAGUUGGUGCGAUCCACAUAUGGAAACCUCAACGGCUCUCUUUAAAGUCAAUCUCUCCUUGGCAAACUGCACGGCGGCCUCAGUGGGCACCACAAAUGGGAUGCUGCAGUUACUUGUCGUAUCGGAGGAGGAUGGGGUGGUGCUCACACUUUGUGUUGCAUCACAGGGCUCCUCCGUGCAAGGCAUUCACAUUGGUGUCCUGGGAACUGGCUGCUACUGCUCAAGCAUUUCUCCUAUCGGAAACCAAAUUUUCUUUUUGGGAUCUGUGUGCGGCGAUUCCUGCCUUGCCAAAAUUGAUGCGUUUCACGGCGAGGUAGCAGAACGAUUUCGGAUCAUAGAUCGUAUGGAGGCCGUUGGUUGCAUCGCGGAUAUUGACGUCGUGGACUGUACUUCGGUCGCUGAAAACGGCCUGAGUCAACUUGGCGGCGUCAAUGGCCCCUCCCUGGACGACGUGCCGUACGCGGAGUUAUUGCGACGCACAACACUUGAGCCUAUGCCAAGUGUGUCUAUCGCGGAGUGUCGGGAGGUCAUGGAUUUGGCUGUAUGCGCUGGUCGUGGUGGGAGUGGUUUUCUUUACGUGAUGCGGCAGUCCGUCCGGAACAAUGUGUUUCGUAGGGAGAAUGUGAAUGCGGUUUCUGCAUUUUUCCUGGAAUAUUCUCAUGUUUCCAAACGUUCGCGUGUUGAACGUGAGAGGGUGGAAGGCACCACACACCUUCCACUGCAUCUAUCAUCACCUCAUUUACUUCUCACCGGGCUUUCAUUCACAAUUCUUUUCACCGUACGUGGAGAAUCCAUACAGCAUGUGCGCCGCUCAGAGUUCCUUACGGGGUAUCGAACGGUGUUUGCCACCGAAAUUCCAUGGCUGAAUGCCUUGUUGCAAGUAACGGAACGGGAGGGACGCAUAAUAUCUUGCGAUGGAAGAAAUUUGCUGCAGAAGUUUACUGUUGUGCCAGAACGGGAAGUGGGUAAAAAGCGACUUGUAAAGUCUGCCUCUCUCAUGGCGGAUUGGAUGUCACUGUUCGUUCUUGUGGAGGAUGGGACUCUUUUGCGGUUUUCGCUGAAGGAGGCGCAAGCGACCCCCACCAAGGAGGUGUUCGCAGAGGGUGUUACAGCCUUUGCGCUGUGGCAGGAGCAGCGGCGGGUAGUGACAUUUUCCACGAAUGGAGCUAUGUUUAUCAGCGAGGUGGAGUCCAGCGAGACGCACGCAGCCUUCCCGCAGUUUGCCACCUUGCCGCCUUACAGCUUCCUUGGUGAGGAUGCAUCAACCAAAAGCAUGGUUGGUGAUGAAACUUUCUCUUGUGUGGCUCACGCUGAGGUGGUGGCGUUGCGCGACGGAGACACCGUGGAGGCAACAUCUCUUGUUGUCAUUCUCGCUAACGGUGAGCUGGCAGUUUAUAAAGUCAUGUCCGCCGACACAUUUGGUCCACUCCGCCUAACGAAGUCAAUGCAUCACUUUUUAGAUAAUAAAGCAGAACGUGAGGUGAUUGAGUCUAUUGAAAUGAAAAAGCAACGCUUGCAGCGGGAACGUGCGAUGAUUGAAAAUGAUACUCAGUUGAUGCGUCAGUACAGCCGCCGUAUUGUUUCUUUUGAUGCUAUCGGUGGGAAUUCAGGGGUAUACGUUUGUGGACAACAUCCAUUAUUUCUUUUCUGGGACCUGCGGACGCGGGAACUUGUGGCGUACCGUCACCAGACAUUAGGGCCUGUACGCGGUUUUGUGCCUUUUCCACUAAUACCGUCGGGAUACGUGUACUGCUGUGAAGGGUUUGUGGACUUUGCCUCUAUGAAUACAUAUUGCCGGCCAGGAGGGCAAGGAUGGUUGACCCGCCGGAUUCAUCUUGGGGUGACACCGCAUUUUGUGGUGUAUCACCCACCGGCGCAAAGCUGUUUUGUUGUGACAUCGAUGAAGGAACCUUUUCGACCACAGCGCGCUCCAUUUGACGUUCAUCUAAACAUUGUCUAUGAUGAAGAGGGUGGUGGCGUUCAAAGCAUCACAACUGAGGUGCCUGCAUGUAACAUGCAGGCUGUUGCCCCUGAUGCGGGUGUUCGUGUGCCAAUGGUGGACAGAUUUGAGAUUCGCUUAAUGUCUACCACGGACUGGUCUUGCACAGACACACUUGUCUUGGAGGAGAAUGAGCAGGUGUUGGGGGCGGAAAUGAUGGAGAUUCACGCGGAGAAGGAUGUGGAUGGUGUUCAUACGGCACCUGUCUGUGUGGUGAGUACGGCCUUUCCCCUUGGGGAGGAUGUCACAUGCCGGGGCCGCAUUCUUAUUCUUUCAACAAUGCGGAUGGAUAAAAAAUGGAAAAUACUUCUUUUUCAUUCGGAACCACUCAAUGGACCAGCCACUGCUGUUGUGGGGAUCUGUAAGCACAUUGCUGUUGCCGUGGGUGGAACAAUCAAGCUAUUUCGUUUUGAUUGGAAAACCCGGAAGCUUGUAGUAGGAGCUCUGUUGUAUGCAGAGAUGUACGUCACGCGAAUGUCGUCUUUUCGCAACUAUCUCAUUUAUGGAGAUUUAUCCAGAUCCUGCGCAAUUGCUCGUUUUACCGAGGCGAAUCACACGCUCAAUGUGCUUGGAAAGGAUCGCAACGUCGUGUCGGUGGUGCAUUGUGACAUGAUGUACCACGAUCGUGCAUUUGGCAUUUUGUGCUCCGACGAUGAGAGGAAUCUGCUGAUAAUGGGUUACACGCCGCGUGUGCAGGAGACCGAGGCGGGGAGACCGAACAAGGUGCUCGAGUCGGUGUUGUCGCUUGACGGCGAAUACCGCCUUCCGGGGGGGUGCCUGGUGAAGUCGUUGCGUUUCCGCUCCCUCGCCGGAAACUCCAGCGUCACGCUUUACGCCACUAACUACGGCGAAGUUGGCUUUAUUGUGCCGAUUGGCGAGCAGGCAAAUAGGACAGCUUCAUGGCUGAUGCGUCGGCUUCAGAUGGAUCUGCCGCACAGCGCGGGUCUCACCCCCCGAAUGUUUCUCGGCUUGAGUCAAGGCUCGCUGCGGACGGCAAUGCGGGCAAAGGAGAUGCUCGUGUCUGCCGCACUGCUGAACGAGUUCUUUUUGCUUGACAUUCCCACGCGGAAGACAAUUGCGUCUGCCGCGUACACGCAACUGGAGCGUGUUAUUAACGUCGCAACACUCAUUUACGAGGAGUGUAACUUAUUCUAG